AUGGAGAGAAUGGCACUUGGCGUGCCCACCGCUUCCUACUGCUCUCCUCGCCGUCUUGUUUACUCGUGCAGCCUGACAGCAGCAGAGACGAAGCGUCGAGUUCCAGAGGGAACUGAUCCCUGCAGGCACACGAAUGAACAUCCAAAAGUCUGUCUGUCGCGUCCUUUGGCUCUGUCUUCCCCUGUGGUCAAGAAGAAGACAAUUCAGAUUCCAUCUUUUGAUGAGAGGGGGCUCAUCUUUGAGAGGCAUAACGCAAAACUGUCAACAGCCGAGAGAUCAUGUGAUUCGGUUUUCGCCAAGACGUCUGUCCCGAGCUCAUGGAGUAAAGCAUGUCGGCAGAGAGACAGCGGAGAGAGGGCUUCAACCCUUCCAAGGGUAAAACCCAAAGCACACAGCUCUCAGUCCCUCUCUGCAAAGCCCAGCAUCGCUAUCUCUCCUGCACCAGAGCCAAAUUCCCCUCCCACUCCCCCCCUUCUCAAAUCAAAGCCAAGCAGUUCUCUUCAUCUCCCAGCCUCGCGGUCGAUGGAUUUUUCCCCAAUACUGCACCGGCCCGAGCCAAAGCCCAGCGUGUCCCCGACGCUGACCGUCCCGACACCCAGACUCAGUCCGUCCCCGACCUCCCAAAACUCGGACGGGCCAGGAGGCCGCCAGCCUUCUCCCGUCGCCAGAGAGAGACGCGCCCGAUGUAUCCCCAUCUCGAAUACCAAAGUGGAGCCUUUAGGGGUGGCGAAACAUGAAGUUCUCGACCAGGGAGCCUUGCUGGACUUCACUCGUCCCGGGGCGAGAAGAGCUCGUCCCGCGAUGAGCAGAGAGUCCCGACAUCAAACCCACGCACCUCACAAUCCCAGAUUACUGCUAAAUCAAACCCGUGAGGCCUCCCAUCCAACGUCCAGGGGAGCCGUAUUAAAGCCUGACCUACAGCCUCAUCGGUGUCGUUCAAAUCAAGAAAACACCCCAGAGCAACACAACAGCCACCCGGAGCGCGACGCCAGGGGGAAAAGUCUGAAUCACACUGAUGUUUCAGGACCACCUGACCACCACGUGGUGCCAAAACAAUUGCUGGAACAUCCCGGGCGCCCAUCCGUGGCACCCGGCCUGUUCGACACAAACAGCUUUGGCAGCGGCUCAAAGAGGGUAUUCGAUUUGCCACAGGACAGAAUAUACCAGAGGCCAGAUUCAGCAACUUCUGCUCAAAUGCAUCAGCUUAGGUACUCUGUCACAGAUAGAGCGUUUAUUACGGAGGAUUCGGAGGAUCCCUAUUAUGUCACCAUGUACUACCCAGGUUCAGUGUAUGUGGACAUGUCAGACAUCGUUCCACCAGAAGUUAGACCCAAACCAGCUGUCCCAGCAAAGCCCCCAAACGUGGGGGCUCCCUCUCCUUCUAACCCUUUCCCGCCCCAGGGGCCAGGUAUUGGAGGAGGUGGCAUUUCUGCUCUACCUCCAAGCGCCAUUCCAGUUCCCAUCGGAAGUCAUGGUUCUGGACACGGGGGCAAUCACAUUGUGGGUCACAGUGUGGGGCAUGCUCCCGGCCACACUGGGAGCCACGUUGCGGCGCACAGCGGAGGUCACAGCCACGGAGGUACCCACGGAGGUCCUCACGGAGUUUCCCACGGAGGUUCCCACAGCACCAGUGGAGGAUCCACUCUACUAGGUUACAUUGGCAUUGACACCAUCAUUGAGCAGAUGAGAAAGAAGACCAUGAAGACAGGCUUUGACUUCAACAUCAUGGUAGUUGGUCACAGUGGCCUCGGAAAGUCGACUCUGGUCAACACCCUAUUCAAGUCGCAGGUGAGCAGGAAGAGCGCAGGAUGGGGGAGAGAUGAGAAGAUCCCCAAAACCGUGGAGAUCAAGACAGUGUCUCAUGUGAUUGAGGAGGGCGGCGUGAAGAUGAAGCUGACGGUUGUGGACACGCCAGGCUUUGGAGACCAAAUCAAUAAUGACAACUGCUGGGAGCCCAUUUCCAAGCACAUCAAUGAGCAGUUUGAGAAGUUCCUGAAGGAAGAGGUCAACAUCACCAGGAAGAGGCGCAUUCCUGACACCAGAGUGCACUGCUGUCUGUAUUUCAUUUCCCCGACUGGACACUCUCUUCGGCUGCUGGACGUCGAGUUCAUGAAGCGCCUGUGCCACUCGGUCAACAUCAUUCCUGUUAUUGCUAAGGCCGACACGAUGACCAUUGAGGAGAGGCUAGAGUUCAAACAGCGGGUAAGAAAGGAGCUGGAGAUGAACGGAAUUGAGUUUUACCCCCAGAAAGAGUUUGAUGACGAUAUGGAGGACAAAAGUGACAAUGACAAGAUCAGAGAAACGAUGCCCUUUGCCGUGGUAGGGAGCGAUAAAGAAUACCAAGUGAACGGAAAACGGGUUCUGGGGAGGAAGACGCCGUGGGGAAUCGUAGAGGUUGAAAACCCAAACCAUUGUGAGUUUGCUCAACUAAGAGAUUUCCUGAUCAGGUCUCACCUGCAGGAUCUGAAGGAGGUCACUCAUAACAUUCACUACGAAACGUACCGUGCCAAGAGACUGAACGCGAACGGAGGUCUGCACCCCAUCGCGUCCAAUGACACCCAGGAAAGCAACCUGUAGGCAGGGAAAGGAACGGGUCAGGAAUAGAGAGAAGAGUGCAGUGAAGCUUGUGGAUGAAUCUAUAUAAAAUGUUUUAAUCAUUGUCACCUCAGCGUCGCUGCAUGUAUGGGAAAAAAUUCAGCCUGUAUAAAUUGGUGUCAUUUAAAUAUUCAAGCUUCACCCGAUCCUUUACCAAGCUCCUUCUCCGUCAGACAUAUCAAUCUCUCAUCCAUCUUUGUUUUAGAUGUUAACAUUUUUCUGUAGAAAUAUAGUCAGAGACUUAGUGCCAUCACUUAAUAAACAUAACACCUACUGCCAAUGCCUAUUAAUUUCCCAUGUACCAGUAUACUCUCAGAGGGGGCCACGUUAUCAGCUGUGUGAGAGGCUUGUUUUGAAGUUUUAGUAUUCCAUAGUAACUCCCUUUGGACUUUAUACAAAGAGAAAUGUUUUUUUUAUCAUUAAAACUCUGGCACUAGUCAUUUAUUGUGAGCUCUGAAGCUAACUCAAAAUGGCUCCUUUUAAACUUCUUAAAACAGCAGCUGGAAGUCAUUUUACAGGCAGGAGGGCCAAAGAAGUGUUAGAAUCUUGUUUGUCAGGCAUUUCUCAAGAAGACAAUAUAUUCGAUUCCCAAACUCAGAAUAAGGGUUCAUUUUAGAGGAAAUGUAUUAUAUGGCGAUACAGCACUGAAAUGCAGCUUGUUGACGUUAUAUAUUUGAGUCCACCGGGUGAAUUAGUACUUUUGGAUUUGUACUUUCAAAAUCUUUCUCAAGGAUGAGUCAAGAAUUUAUAGAAAGACACAGUUCCGCAGGGUUGUUUCAGAAGGAAAGGAGAAAUCCUGUCACCACACUGCUUUUGUACAUCUUAUCAAAGUCACCGAGGACUUUGCUCUAGGGAUUAAAUCUUCGAUAUUCCAUAUCUAGGUUGAGCAUUAUAGAUUCAGAUAGAUCUUGCAACAUGUGUUUCCACUUUAAAGACGAUAGACUUUUUGGUUAAAUUCAUUUAAUCUCAAAUAUUCUUUAACCGGAUUAUAGAUUUAAAUUUUCUUGGAGAUAUUGAUGGUUUUGAAAGAUUUUUUUAUUUAUUUAACAUCUAGGCACUCUAGAAAAAACUAUUUAAUUUUUUGGCAGGUGACAGGAAAAGAUAUUGCUUAAGAAGUAGGUUUAUGUCUCGCGAAAUACACAUGAACACAUCAGAGGCAUCUAGAUGUGGUUGCCAUUUGUAGAAUCUAAAUUUCUCUCGCUCACCACUAGGUGGAAGCACCUAUUAACGUUAAAGCAGUGGAAUCACAGAGACACUUUGACCAAUUUGUGUUUGCCUCAGGUGUGUUCAGUCAUUGAGGUUGUUUUUUUUCUCAUAGUCCUUUUUUCGUUUGGAGUAAUUUUACCAUUAUUUUUACAGCACUUAUACCCUCCACUAAUGCCAGUGGUAGCCAACAUAUCUGUUUCAGGUUUACAUGAAACUUUAAUAUGACCCCAUUGUGAAACACUUGAGUUGUCAACAUGUUUACCAAGUUGUCAUCAGGAAAUUCUACAUUUAUAUUGUUCUGCCAUGUACAGUCCGCAGUGGAGAACAAAUAUGCCAAAACUACAGAUGCAAUUAAUAUUUCAGUAUUAAUUCAAUUUUCAGUUUAAAAAGUAAACCAUGUUUUUUUAUUAUGUUUAUAUGAACUGUGUGAAAAAACAUUAAUAGUUGUGAUUUUGGUGUAUUUACAGGUGUUAAAGCAGAAAUUGUGAGACACUGUUAAAGAACAAUCUCUUUCUGUUAUACUUGUGCUUGCAUGCCCGUGUCCAUUCUGCCUGUGUGCUUACAGCAAGUUAUUUUGCUUAUCACUGCAACUUUACAACAACUUACUGGUUUUGAAUGUGCAAUGUGUGCAUUCAAACUGAUUUAUCAUAAGAUGAAACACUGCAAUGACUACAAUGUUUACCCCUUAAACAAAAGCAAUGACCCACCACACAUCACAUCACUUACGCCAUUUCCCAUAACUUCAGUGUAUUUAAUGGCCGUUUGUUGCUGUGAUACAUUUUAGUCAUAAUUUCCUGUGUCAUAUGGAGUUAUUUUUACAUUGGUGUAUUAUUCUUGUAAUUUAUUCUUUAUUUAAUAAAAACACUUGCCC